CCCUCCUCCCCUGUCACAUUUGAAUUUGAAAACCACGUUGUUGUGCCAAAAUUCCGAGUUACCAUAUAAACAGCGCGCUCCUCUGCAAUUCAAAUCAAACAAAGACAAUAAUAAAAAAGCAAACGGCAGAUCUGCAACCUACCCAUUAAAACCCUAAUCCCCACAAACCUUAGCAACAUCAUCAUCGGACCCAUUUCUCAUAUAUAGGAAAACCCACCAAAGAUUUUCACCAAAUUUUCAAUCCCUUUUCCGUUUUUCUUCCGACCCAUGAGCCAGAUUUUCUGAGGUUUUGCGUUUCAAAUGAGUUCGGAGAACAUGGAGGGUUCCUCAUCUGUGAACCCCAGAUCUGAUUCAAAGGUGAUGAGGGAGAAGCGGAGUGGUGAGGAGUUGGGAGAAAGAUCGGAAAUGGCUCGUAAGCGGGUGAAAAUGCGCGAUCUUGACUCGGUACUGCGUUCUGAAGAUAUUGAUACCAACUAUACAAAAUCUUCAAAAACCAAAGGAGCUAAUGGGCAAGAGAUGUCUCAAGUCACAGAGGUGCCUGUGACCAUGGCAUCGGAUGCAGCUCAUGAAGCAACAAAAAUAAGGGACAUGUUGCCACCACAGAGACAAUUGGAUCUCAAUGCAAAAGUUUGCUCUGCCAGAAAGUUGGCAUGUGUUGAGGGUAACAACAAACUUCCUCCUCUCACAAAACAUGAUAUGGAACAUGACCCUAAUUUUGUAACCUCAAGAGGCAUUGGAUUGGAUCUUAAUUCAGAAGAUGUUUGUAGCUCAGUCAACCAGGAUCCGUUUUAUUCUUAUAAAAAACGUGAUCGUGUGAAGUCACCAGAUGGUGUUUCUGAGUGUGCAAGUUCCACUGGCCCAUUGGAGGAGAAAGAUCCAAUGAAAGUCUGGAAAGAGAUGAAGCAAAAUGGGUUUCUCUCAUCUACUCAUGGAGGCAUACCAGUGCCAAAGCAACGAGCAAGGAAAAAUAAGCAAGAUGUGAUCAAGAAGAAAAUUGAGCUUGCAAAAAGAGAACAGGUUGAUAGGUUCACAAGGAUUGCUGCUCCAAGUGGACUGCUCAAUGAACUGAACCCUGGUAUUAUAAACCAUGUGAGAAACAGUAAACAGGUUCAUUCCAUAAUUGAGGCCCUAGUGAGGUCUGAACAACUUGAAAAUGGCCAUGCUGGAAGCAAACAGGCUAGUCAUUCGAAAAGUGGAACUAAAGAAAUUAGUGACGAGAAGAAGGAUCCAGAGAAUGUGAAUGUUUUGGGAAAAACUCCUCUCUAUCCUUCUCAUGAAGAUGGGCCUACAAAGAUCAUACCAUUGAACCCUUCAAACAAUAUGCCAGCAAAUCUGCAGAUAAGAGGCAAUCCUAUGUUAGUCAAUAAAUCAAUGUCCUUGAGUUCAGAGGACAAAGGUGGAGAUGGUGACUCAAGGAUGAUAGAAAGAAGGCUUGUUGCUAGAACUUCUUGUGCCUCAUCCUCCACCCCUACUAAUGAAGAUGAAAUACUUGCACUGAAAUUGUCAUCGUCACAAACCAAGGCAUCAGAGAAUAUUAGUUCUUUAUCUAAUGAUGAGCCGAUGAAUCUAAACAGCGUUACUUCUCUUUCUGUAAAGGCUGCUACUGUUGCCUCUCAAUGGUUGGAACUUCUUCAUCAGGACAUUAAAGGACGUCUUGCAGCAUUGCGGCGUAGCAAGAAGAGAGUCCGGGCUGUAAUUCAUACAGAGUUGCCUUUUCUAAUAUCAAAAGAAUUCCCCUCUAAUCAAGAGAACAAUUCCAGUGUCACAAAAGAUUCUGCUGCCGAAUGUUCCAAUAUUGCAGUAGCUGAGAUGCAUCAAGCAAGAUGGAGUGCAUUGUUUGAUCAGAUGGAUAAGUCACUUUUUGAAGAAGAGAAACAACUAGAAAGUUGGUUGAACCAAGUAAAAGAAAUGCAAAUGCACUGUGAAAGGGGCCUGCAACAUUUCCAAUGGAAUCCUCCACAUUGGCAACAUCCGGGAACAAUCGUAAAUGACCCCAGACCACAGAUGGUGGACGACUCAGAGAGGGAAUUAGCUAUUAGGGCAGCUGCAGCUUCCAUUUACUCAACCUGCAACUUUCUACUGUCAAUGGAAAAUGUAUCUUGCUUCUGAUCUUGUUAACUCAUGUUAACUGCAUUGCUCCAUCAGCCGAUUUCUAAUUAUAUUGAUUUUUCUUUACUAAUUCUAGCCUCAUUAACUGUGAUUAGGUCUGUUAAUUAGAAAUGCUUUUGGAGCUGCCGAGUCUGUUAUCUUGUAACACUAGAAGUUGAGGUCUUUUAUCUUUCCCCAUUUUAUGCCUGCCUUUCACAGAUUAUUGGGGCAGAAGGCAUUCUUGCAAUUUUAACUGUUACACAGAAUGUGAGAAUUAUAACUCUUAUUAAGCCUUGUGUUCUUUAAUAUACUUCUUGGCUGAAUAUCCAGUUAGAUUGCACAAA